CGGUCCGGGCAGGGGGGGCGGGCCCUUAAAGGGGCCGCAGCGGAGGAUCCUCGAGUCUGCGAAAACCCCGGGGUACCCAGGGGUGGGGGUGGGUGAGGAUCGUGAGGUUACAGCGACCCCCUCAAUAUCCCUGCCCCGAGCGGUGACGGGCACUGGGCCUCAGAGGAUCAGGCCCCGUGUAGAGGCGGCCUUGGAACCCAGUCUGCGGGCCGGCCCUGGGAUCGAUCCGCAGUUUAAGCGCGUCUCCCCGUCUCCAGCCCGCGGCGCUAUGGCUCACGUCGGCUCUCGCAAGCGCUCGAGGAGUCGCAGCCGGUCUCGGGGGCGAGGGUCGGAGAAGAAAAGGAAGAAGAGCAGUAAGGACGCCCCGAGGAGCUGCUCGGCUUCUAGAUCCCAAAGCCGCAAGGCCAGCACCACCUCCUCUGGGGCGGAGGAGAGAAGCAAGCACAAGGCCCGGAGGAGACCACGAUCCAGCUCCUCCUCCUCUUCUUCCAGUUCUUCUAGCUCCUCUUCCUCCUCGUCCUCCUCCUCUUCCUCCAGCGAUGGCCGGAAGAAGCGGGGGAAGCACAAGGACAAGAAGAGGAAGAAGAAGAAGAAAAGGAAGAAGAAGCUGAAGAAGAGAGGCAAGGAGAAAGCCAAGGUGCAGCAGACCGAGGCUCUGCCCGGACCCUCGCUGGACCAGUGGCACAGAGCAGCCACGGAGGAAGAGGAUGGCCCAGUCCUGACGGACGAGCAGAAGUCCCGCAUCCAGGCCAUGAAGCCCAUGACCAAGGAAGAGUGGGAUGCUCGGCAGAGCGUCAUCCGCAAGGUGGUGGACCCUGAGACAGGACGCACCAGGCUCAUUAAGGGAGACGGUGAGGUCUUAGAGGAAAUUGUAACCAAGGAACGACACAGAGAGAUCAACAAGCAAGCCACCCGAGGGGAUGGUCUGGCCUUCCAGAUGCGAGCAGGGCUGCUGCCCUGAGGGCCCCACCGCCCAAGGUGUGCAGUGGUGGUGGCGCAGCCUGCAGGCUGGCCUCAGGGUGGGCAGCAGGCAGCCCCGUGGAUGCUGUUUGCCUUUCUCCUGCAGACUGGCCUCUGGUCCAGCCUCCUGUCAGAUGCCCGGGGUGCAGGUCAGGGUCAGUGGCCUAAGUGGCUCCCCCAUGUCCUGAAAGAGUGCACGCUUCCCAGAUAUUAAAUGUUUCCUGGUUGGA